AUGGAAAACGAUCGAUGCCCGGUAUGCUCUCAUUGUGGAAAAGAUAGCGGCACUGCUGUCGAAUGCUAUAGGGAGCGGAACAUGUGCUUAAAUAGUGGCAAGCCAAGUCACUGGGUUAAUGAAUGCCCUAUGAUAAAGAUCGAGGACCGGCCGAAGACACAAGGACGAGUGUUUGCUCUCACAAAACAAGAAGCCAAGGCGUCCAUCUCGGUGAUCAGAGGUACGCUCUCUAUCUGUGGUGUUAGAGCCAAAGCCUUAAUUGAUCCUUGUUCCUCUCAUUCAUUUGUUGCACCCCAUUUUGCUUGCCAUUUAACUGUUACACCAACAUGUCUCAAUUAUACUCUGACAGUAAGCACACUUGUGGGGGAUUCCCUGGAAACUGAUAGGGUAUUUAGACAGUGUGGGAUUAAUAUUGAUGGGUGCGACCUACCUGUAGAUUUGAUCCUCUUAGAUAUUCAGGACUUUGAUGUUAUUCUAGGCAUGGAUUGGUUGUACACUUAUCAUGCCACCGUCAAUUGUCAUGAAAAGAUGGUAACCUUUAAAUGUCUUGAUCAAGUAGUACUGCACUUUGAAGGCACCAGGGAUAUUUCCCCUCUGCACCUUAUUUUCGCCCUCUUGGCCUCUCACCUUCUGACUAAGAAAUGUGAAGGGUAUUUAGCUUAUGUAGUACAGAAUAGGGAUGUUCAGGCCCAACUGGAGGAAAUACCGGUUGUUAGCGAGUACCCUGAGCCUGAUAGGCUUUCCACAUUUGAGGUUGACCUUUCCGUCCCUCGGUUCGAGAAAGGUACAAAAAUUGUGACCUACUCUAGGCCCUUAUUGGAGGUAGAGAUGUUAGGAUCAUGGGUCUCUGCACUUGAGGUUGAUGAAAAGGCCCCUGAAAACAACGAGGAAGAGUUGCAAGAAGCCCCAAAAGAGUGGGAAGAAGACGGUCAAGCUACUGCUGAUGAGCUCGAAGAAAUAAAUCUAGGAGAUGAAGUCGACCCUAGGCCUACUUUUAUCUCAAAAAAUAUGUCUCCAAAAGAGAAAGAAGAAUUCACCACUUUCUUGUGA